AUGGACUUCCCCAGCUCCCUCCGCCCCACGUUGUUUAUGACCGGCCCCCUUGGUCUGAGCGAUGUCCCCGAUACGUCCUUCAUGUGCAGCUGGAGAGACGCCCUGACCCUGCCAGAGUCCCUGCCCCAGAACUCCGAGAAUGGGGCGCCACACUUGGCCAAGGGCCUGCUCUGGGAGCCGGACACUCCUGGACCCCUUCCCUUGCUGCCUCCUGGUCCAGAUCCCUGGGAGCCUGGCCUGACUGCCCAGGACCUGCUUUUCCGGGGAGGUCCCAAGUUCCGGAGACAGCCCCAGGCUGUGCUAGACGUUACUGAACAGUUCAGCCGGUUCCUGUGGGACCAUGGUGACAUAGCCUUUUCCUCCUUGGGGAAACUGAUGCUGGAGAAUUUCAACCUGGAAGGACCACGGAGCUACUCUAAGAAGAAGACAGUGGUCAGUGUGAAGAGGAUACUCGAGGACCUCGGUGGACACCAGCCCUGGGGAUGUCCCUGGGCCUACUUCAGCCACCGACAGCGCCGCUUCUCCAUCCUCGGGGACCCAAUCCUGGGCAAGUCGGUGUCGAGCCUCCUGGGGGAACUGCUCUAUGAGGAGCUGGCGACGCGGUGGGAGCAGCUGCUCCUAGACGAUGCGUUCACUGGAGGUGCAUUGGCCUGGCUGCCCGGGAGGACCCCCCGGGUCAGGCAGCUGGUCUACCCUGCAGGAGGUGCCCUGGACAAGCUGUACUUCCAGGAGGUCUGUCUGACCCCAGGCAGCGACCCUCGGAUCCUUGGGAAACCUGGCCACAUUCAGCUCCGGGGACCUGUCCGGCAGGUGGUAGCCUGCACUGUGCAGGGAGAAUCUCUGUUAGCUGUCCGUUCUGAUUACCACUGUGCCCUGUGGAAGGUCAGCAGUCAGGGGCGGCCAGCCCCCCUCCAGGUGCUAAAGGUUGAGAAGGGGGCCACGGGGAUCAACCUCAGCCCUCACCUGCCCGGGGAGUUGGUCGUCUGCAGCCGUUCGGGAGCCAUCUGUCUGUGGACACCCCACGACGGGCUUCGGCAAAUCUACAAGGAUCCUGAGACCCUUGUGUUCCGGGACCCGUCUCCUUGGCGUUGGGCAGACUUCACCGCCCACCCUCGGGUUCUAACUGUGGGUGACCGCACUGGAGUGAAAAUUAUCGACACUCAGGGCCCGCCCGGCUGUGGUUUGCUGCUUUUCCGUGUGGGUGCAGAAGCAUCAUGCCAGAAAGGGGAACGUGUCCUGCUAACCCAGUACCUGGGGGAGUGCGACCCCGAUUCUCUGCAGCCCACACUCCAUCUCAUUUGUACCCAGUUCUCACUCUACCUGAUGGAUGAACGCCUCCCCUUGGUGCCCAUGCUGAAGUGGGACCACAAUCUCCCCUCGGCCCCCCUGCUGGCCCGGCUGCUGCCUCCACCCCGCCCCGGCUGCGCCCGGCCGCUGCUCCUUGGAGGCCAGGGCGGGCAGCUGCAGCUGCUGCACAUCACAGGGGAGGGGGCCUCCACGCCCCGGCUGGCAGGGCCCCCCCAGUCUCUCCCUUCCAGGAGCGACUCCCUCUCCGCAUUCCCCCUGCUGGAGCCCAGGAGUCACUGGCAGCUGCAGGAACGUCUCCAGGCGCCAACCAUAGGUCUGGCUGCCACCAUCCUACCUUCUUCCUCCUCACCAGUCCUGUCGCUCUUCCAACUCUCCGCGGCUGGAGAUGUCUUCCACCAGCGCCUCCACCUCCGGGAAGACCUCGGGCCUCCCAGUGCCCCUAUGGCUUCCUGGAGCCCCCAGGCCACUGCUUGCUGUCACCGGUGGCUGACGGCCCUACUGAAGGUGCCACCGGCUCCCUCUGUGUGGGCCGCACCCACCUUCUCCCACCGCCAUCUGCUGGGCUUCAAGGAGCAGCAGAAGGUUGAAGGGAAAGUGCCAGAGGGUCUCCGGGAGGCCAUGGCCCAGGGGCGGCUGCUGCAUCAGAGAGACCUGGGCUCGCUUCCUACCACAGAGCCACCGCCGGGCCCUACGCUGGGCCCCAAGGAUGAACUCAGUGAGCGAUUGGAGGCAGCCUGGGAAGGCCCGGUGACUGCCUGGUGGGAGCAGCAGCGGGACCGGACCUCCAGGCCCGGGAGGCAGCUGAAGCGGCCAAAGCGUCGAACGCAGCUGUCCAAUACCUUCUCCUCGCUCAGCAGCCACCUGGACCUCUCAGGUGCCACCCGCACCCCUCACAGCCAAGACUGGACGUCCCCUGUGUCGAGGCCUCGGUCCCCAGUGGCCUUGCCCUCCCAGGAGUUGACCCAGGAUCUGUGGGCCCAGGGCAUCCCCUCAGAGCGGCAGCAGACCCUUCGGGACUAUAUGGCCAAGCUACCUCUUCAAGGGAACACUCCAGAAGGUUCCUCCACGUCUCUCUCCCAGAUUUCCAGUACCCAGGCCCCCCCCUCCACACAGCGGACCCUCUGGGACUGCGCAGCUGAGCUGUCAUCCCACAGGGACACCCCAGGAGGGGCCACACUGCCCUCCUCCCAGACCUCCAGCAUCUGGGCCACCCCCUCCAGGCAGCAGGUGCGCGGCCUCUCUGGCUCUCAGCCACACCGGAAGAAGCCGCGCAUGGGCUUCUGA